AUGGUAUCGAAGACUUGGGUAUGCAUCCUUUUAAUCGCAGUUACGGUGGUACAGGCCUUGUCUUGCGAGAAGCAUGAUGUAUUGAAAAAGUAUCAGGUGGCACAAUAUAGCCUUCUCGGAACUACAGAAAGGGACACUCCGCCAAGUAAAACUAAUGAAAAGUGGUGGGUAAACGUUUGUGAAGAACAUUCAGCUGAGCCACCUGAAGGGUGUAAAAAAGAUGACAUGCUAUGUGGCCUCACAGAUGUCAGUUUGCCUGGCAAAGAUACUGUCACCACUCAGAUAAUAGAUUUUGAUAAAAACAUUGGUUUUAAUGUCGAAGACACUGAAAAUGCACUCAUAUUGACAUUAGUUGGUGCCAAUUGGGGGUCUAAUUCAAUCGACGCAAAAUUGAAGUUUCAGUGUGAUGACAAUAUGAAAAAAGACGAACUGACUGGACAUACAUGGACCGACAAAACCAUCCAGUUGACUAUAAAAGGUCCAUCCGGUUGUUUAAAGAGUAAGGAUAACGACAAGAAAAAGGGCGACAGUGAUAACGGUAACAAUGGUGGAAAUGAGGGGAAAAAGCCGGCGAAGAAGUCAAGUGGCACUUCUUGGUUUACUUGGUUAUUUCUAUACGCUCUGCUGUUUACAUUGAUAUACCUUAUGGUCGUAUCGUUUUUGAACACCAGAGGAGGGUCUUUUCAAGACUUCCGUGCUGAGUUUAUUCAACGUUCCACUCAAUUUUUCACUUCUUUACCUGAAUUCUGCAGGGAAGUUGUAUCGAAAAUCUUGGGUAGAAACACUACUCAAAGAGGUGGAUAUAGCGCCGUUUGA